UUUGUAAUUAGCAAGAAUAGUAGACACUUAACGAUUGUGCUUUUGAUUAGACAGGUCGCGUAUAUAUAAUACUUACAAAGUGAAAAUAUAGAUAUUGGCUUAUAAAAUUUAAACAUGCAAGUCCUCAUAACACUUCUGUUGCUGACUGCGGCAACAGCGGAUAAAAUAUUCGACACUGAGUGCCCAUCGGAACAAGAACAGGACUGGUCUAUCGAGAAGUUGUUGCGUCAUGAUGAUUGUGAAAAGUUUUACAAAUGUACCUUUGGAAAACCAGUAGAAAUGUCCUGUCCAGCUGGUCUCUGGUUCAACCUCGACUUAUGGCAGUGUGAUUGGCCAGCUAAUGUAGACUGUACCGGCAGGAAUGAACCUACUCUUCCUCCACCGGAAACCACAUCUCCUAUACCAACUACACCAUCGCCCACAACACCUUCCACUCCUGCACCAACGACAACAACAACUACCACUACUACUACUACUACGACGCCUGCACCUACAACCACUACUACAACUACCACAACGCCGGCACCUACAACCACGACCACAACAACAACGACACCUGCACCCACAACUACUACAACCACAACUACACCUGCGCCCACAACCACAACCACCACAACUACACCUGCACCCACAACCACAACAACCACAACUACACCUGCGCCCACAACUACUAUAACCACAACGACUCGCAAAUGCAGCCCCAGAACUACGACAACACCUGUACCGACAUCAACAACAACAGUGGCACCGACUGAACCAGAUUUUUUGGAAAACGGUUGCCCAGUAAAUCCACACAUACAUUGGCUGCUACCUCAUGAGUCGGAUUGUAAUUUGUUCUACUACUGCGUUUGGGGAAGAUUAGUGCUACGGCAAUGUCCUGCAACUCUACACUUCAAUAGAGUUAUACAGGUCUGUGAUUGGCCUAACAAUGCUGGUUGUGCUAAGUCUUUCAACAAGGAUGCUGCGAGUAGAAGACAUUUUUUAAGGUUCUAAAAGACACGCCACACGACUUAAUUAUUUAUUAUGCCUCAAAGUAAUUACAAUAAUUUUAAUAAAUUUAUACUUUUAAAAUAUGA